UGGACCACAACAAAACACCUCAAAUCCUUGCACGCGAAAGACGACGAGAACAUAGGUAUUACGCAAAGAAAAUCGCAACCACUGACCAAACGGGAGUGAGAAAAGGGUGACAAACCAUAAAUUUGCCAACCGAAUGUCCGACUUGUACGUGUACUGCAAUGGACGAACGGGUGGCAGUGGAUCAGCCACCUCAAAACACCCCCAGUCAGCGAUGGCACCCAAGGUGACGACAAAUCGAAACAUGAACUGGCUCAUCCACGAGUUGUACACCAGAAAGGAUUUUGCUCUAUGCAAGAAGCUUAUCGACAGGCAGCUGACGAUAAAUUAUGACAAAGAGUUCUUAUAUUACACGAAGGGGCGGAUUCUGCGAGACGAGGAUAAAUCGACGGAUGCUAUCAACUGCUUCCAGCAAGCAAUACUGGCGAACAAAAAGAACUCGCAAAACUACAAAGAGCUGGCCAAGACACUCUUCGCCAUGGGUCGCUUCAAGCAAGCACUGGAAGUUUUCCUCAAAGCGGAAACUUUAUUGGAGCGUCCGGAUCAUGAAGUGUAUCAUCACAUAGGAGAACUUUUCUACCGCAGCUUUGGACAACCGAAGGCGGGGCUGGCCGAAGCCAAGGAGUAUCUGAAGCAAUCUAUCAUGUGCGGUAAACAUGUAGAUAGCUACAAAAUUUUGGCCGAAAUUUAUAUCGAGGAGGGAGAUAAUCUGAAGGCAAUCGAGAUGAUUGAAAGUUGUCUGCAAAUUUCCCAGGACGAUGUGGCUCUGAUGACUCAAAUUGGUAUCCUGUACUUGAAAAUAAACGAGUACCAACGGGCAUUCGAGAAACUUUUGGAUGCAAUCGCCAUAGAUGAUAAAUGUACAACUGCGCUGCUGGCCUUGGGAUCGAUUCUUCAGUCAAAGAACGAUAUCGACGGGGCGCUGAACAAGUACAAAAGAAUUUCAAACCUACCGGAUGAGGGAUCGGAAGUUUGGAGUAACAUUGGGCUGUGUUUUUUCAAGAAACAAAAAUACAUAGCGGCAAUAUCGUGUUUGAAGAAAGCAAUAUGGGUUGCCCCAUUGAAUUUCAACGCACUCUACAAUUUGGGCCUGAUCCUUGUCACAGCCCAACAAUAUGUCAGCGCGUUUCAAACGUUGGCGGCAGCUAUUAGCCUUAGACCGGAUAAUGCAGAAUGCUACAUGCUUCUUGGGACUUGCCUCAGGCACCUCAACGACGCGGGAAACGCGUACCUAUCCCUGGAAAAGUCCACCAUGCUGCCGGACGCCAUCAAAAAUCCAUUGAUCUAUCUCAAUUUUGCUCUGUACUGCUACGAAAUCGGGAAACCAGAUCAAUCCGUAUCCUACUUGGCCAACUUUCUGGAAAUGACUCAACACAUCAGCGUCCACAGGGAGUACUUGAAGAUGGCAGAUCGGUUGAAUGCAGCGUUGUCAUCGUCGGUCACCACUGGGCAAGGGCUUCUUCUGCCAUCGGUGGCGGUUGAAGCUCAGCAUCGUGCGGCAACUGCUACUGUUGAUAUGACCGCGUCCACUUCAAACAACGAGGACGAAACCACCCCAGAGGACACCGCUACCAGCAGUGGCAUACGUAAUGAAGGCACCGACGUCGCCAGUACUGCGAGCAUUGAUGAUGGCCAACAAGGCAACGAAUAGUGAUUUAUCUUCGUGCAAAAUAUGGGAAAAAAUAAAAUAAAUUUUGCGUGUUUCAAUGUAACUUUGUUACUCUAAUUGACUACAUUUGAGUUUUAAAUCACCUAUACAGAUUUUUUGUCAACCUAUUUAGAUAACAUCUUAAAAUAUUUAAUUAUCGUACAAAAAUAGAAAAAUAUGUAUGGAAUUAACAUGAGUAAUUCGACUACUUUCCAACUUGACAUCACUGUGCAACGGCAGGGAGAAGACAUUAGAUGAUGAAUCGGUGCAUAACAAAGACGGUUGAAGAUGGAAAAGCGGUCACUCGGGUUGUUGAUGCAUCCAGCGAUGAUUGCCAAGCCAGUGAGUGACUGACAAUUGCAACUCUGCUUUGAAUUCUGUUUGCGUAUCCAUCCACAAAAGAGCACAAGGUUGCAGGCAGAAGGAUGGAUUGGAUUAUUAUCGUUA